GCAGGCGGUAUAAUGCAUUCUUUAUUAUUAUCCAAAUAGCGCGUUCUCGUUAGAUACAAAUUUAUAUAAGAUAAAUAAAGAUAUAUAUUUCAUGUCAAUUGUUGUUUAGUGCAUAUGAAUUUAAUAAAGGACUAGUUGUUUUAGGUAAAUCUUAAGCUAAUCAAUUUAGAAACGAUGCCAGACUGGACGUGGCUGCUGAUGGCGGCGCUCUUCGGAGCAGCAUCCGCACUCACCGUGCCAUUAGCGCUGCUGCUGUACUAUAUUCGCCCUUUUGAAAAGAAACCACUUGUUGAAGAGGAAUUCAGUGUACCAGUUACCUUGCCUGCGGAAAUACUUAACGAGCUAACUCGAGGCGCUGGAAGCACGCCCGAGGGGGCCCUUAACGCGAUGCUGCAGUUCAUCUUUCAGCAAAGUACAGCAGACACUCGUUGGUUGCGCAGGCGCAUGGCUAACGAACUAGCUGAAUUACUAGCGAAGACUUCUUCGGGAAAGAUUUUUGAAUCUCUGACGCUCCGUUCGCUGGAAGUAGGCACCGAGUUCCCCAGCAUCACUAACCUUCGUCUGGUUAAUGGAGAUUUAGAAGAGGAUGGGGCGAGACUCCACUCCCUAGAUUUAAAAUUCGAUCUCACUUACGACGGCAGUUUCAGAAUAGAAGUUGAUGCUGUUAUGCUGUUGGGAAAAAUUGCCAAUAUAUCCAUUACUGUGGAAAGUAUAAGUGGUAACGUGCGCGUAAUGUUCCGGCGUACGCCUUAUACGCACUGGGCGCUCGCCUUCGAGGCGCCACCUCGCUUGGAGCUGCGAGUACGAGGUCGUUUCCAAGGGAGACAACUUAAGCCGAGGCUAGCUGCAUUAGUCGCUGCACACAUACGACGAGCCGUGGCUCAAAGACAUACAUUGCCAAAUUAUAAAAUUCGGUAUAAGCCCUUUUUUCCAAAAUCAGAACCAGGCAGUACGGACGGAGAAGAUGGGCCUACACCACAUGGUCGACUGACUGUGAGACUAGUUGAAGUCACUCGCUUACACUGGUCUGGGAGUGUUGGAAGCGUACGCGCAGCUUUAGCUGUUGACUCACAUGGAUGGGUAUCACUUCGACGGGGAAUAUUAGUUCUAGACGUAGUACUGCCUGCGGUGUCCGGUCCACUAGGCCUUGUAUGUUGCCAAGGAGUAGGAGCAGUAUUAGUAGACACGGUGGUACCAAUGUCGCCCGCGUACAGGGCUGAUCUACGACGUGAUGAUGUUGUAUUGGCUAUUGACAAUAAACCAGUAAACAAUGUUGCGCAGGUUGGCAAACUUUUGCGCAGUGUUGAACGACGUGCGGUAACUGUGCGUGUGAGAAGAGGAGGUUCUGGAGGUUCAGCGCGCAGGGAAGAUGAGCCUCGUAGAUUGCGCACCAACUUUUCCUUUCGACGUGUCUCAGAGGUCAUGGAAGGAGUUCGUCUUCAGGGCAUGCGUUCAGCUGCCUCUAAGACUAAUUUAACUGAGACGGAUUCACCAUUAAAGUCACCUGAACAACAAAACGACGCCGACACGACUGUUAAACAGAAAACUGAAUCUGCACGCCAAAUACCUAAAUCAGCAGAAGUUGGACCCGCAAACUUUGCUCUCCGAAAACGCAGAUGUUCUGUUGAAAACAAAUCUUCUGAUAGUUCUGCUGGAAGCACACCUCCCGCUUCUGGUGCCAGCACGCCACUACGACAAGCUACCACUAACAAAACUGUGAAACACCCAGAUAUUCCCAUAAUCAAAAUGGAUUCAUCAGAGUGCAAGGUAUCAGAAAAGAUAGAUAGUACAUUAGAAGAAGAAGUAAUAUUCGAAACUGGUGGGCCGAGGCAAUGUGAGCAUGUAGAGAUAUGUCAAAUGUUUUGGACGAAGAUCGUAUCGAUCAAGCCUAUAAUACGAUUUGACGAAGAAACUGAAUUUAAGCUGAAUGAAAAUCACAAGUACCUGAAUAUAAACGUUUGGGCGACGAUGCCCGGCGAGAAAGAUGAAGUUUUACUAGGAUAUCUAAACAUACCCUUAGCGGCAUUGCUUAGCGAGUGCCAAGAUUCAACAGUUCCUCAUCAUAUGAAGCGAUAUCAAUUUUUACCACCAGACGUAGACAUAAAGUUCAGCAAGAGCCACAAGUUGGCUUCACACGCCGGCUUCGAACCGUGCCUAUGUUUCGGAGACGCACUGGUAUGGUGGGAGUGGGAGGACGCAGGACCGCGCGCUCCACGCGCCCCUACCCGCGGCCCCACGCCUCCUCGGCCCGCGCAAGCCGCACAACCCGCACACUCCGCCCGCACAGUACACGACUUUGUGCGCACACACUUUCAUAGGUCCACCCAGUGCGAUUUCUGCAAUAAAAAGAUAUGGCUAAAAGAUGCAAUGCAGUGUCGAAAUUGUGGAUUAUGUUGUCACAAGAAAUGCGUCACCAAGUGUCAAGAAACUUCUCCUUGUGUCCCGAAGCAAGACCGAGAUCAAAAUGCAGGUGGAAAUUGUCCACCACCAGAGUUGAUUAUGACUGAACCAGAUAUCGUUAUAGAUCCUGAUUCCGACGAAGACGAUAAAUCCGAAAUAAAGGACUCUUUGGAUGUCCAAGAAGAAGGCGGGGGUGCAAUGAGUGCGUUGAUGGCGGGAUUACGACGCGCUGGCUCUGCGCACUCCCUGUCUGCCCCCAAGAGCAACGCGUCCUCCCGGUCCUUGCCACCCUCACCCAGCCAUACUCCUAGGAAACAAUCACUAGAAUCGAUCAAUCCGUUCGGCGGAUGCGGCGCAACUUGGCUAGCUCAAGGCGGCGUCGCAGCAAUGCUGCAACCAGCGCUCCGCAGUGCGCUGCCGCCCGAUGCGCUACUCGCCGCUGCACGCGACUCUGCGCCCGACCUCGCCGGCAAGCUCACCCCUACACAGAUCCAUGAAAUGCUUCAAGCGGUUCGCGAGGAGUUAUCGUCAGUGGACGCGGGCGGCGAUGAGGGCGCCGAGGGGCGCGCGUGCGCAUUGACUGCACUCAUGCUGCACUGCUGCGCCGCAGCACAGCUCGCGCAGCAACGUGCCGCCGACGGCCUCAACACUUGAUACCAUUAAAUGUAUUGUUCAUUAU